AUGCGCCUUCCUGUGCUGAUUGUGAUCUACCUUGUGGGACUUUGCUGCGCGUCGAAAGCAACCAAAGAUCCUGUAAAAGAACAGCAAAGCGGCCUGAGCAAUGAGCCCUCAAGCAACAACAAAACGGACGGGUUCCGGCGAAAGGUCAUCGUGAAUCAAGUGAUCCACAACAUCCCGGUCAGGGUAGUAGUGAAUGGCAUCCGACCCACGGUGCUUGUACGCAAGGUAGUCAGAAGAACCAGAACACCGACGCCAACAACGCGAAGGCUUAUCAAGCGUCGGAGGAGAAGGAAGACAACACCGAGGACAACCACCACCACCAAGCGAGCAACAACUUUUAGCACGAAGAAGGCAACUCCGACAAGCAAACUUACAACACGGACAACUGUCAAACUAACGACGCGACCAACGAGCACGACUACGACGAAAACAACAACACGACCAACCACGACGCGAUCUUCAACACAACGUACGACAACAUCAACAACCGAAUCGACAACGCAAAGACGAUCAACGACGGUGAUGACUUCUAGUGCUACGGACUACUAUGAUGGACUUGAAGAUACAACAACAGCAUCCGCAUCAACACGCACGACAACAUCGACAACUGGAUCAACAACACAAAGACUAUCAACAACGGUGGACAACUUGGAUGGAUUAGAAGAUGCAACCACUACCGAACUGACAACAACAACAACAACAAACCCAACAUCAACUUCUACUACUAGUUCCGUUGCAACUCCCGCAGCUCUAGUUGUCCAGGUGCCAACAACACAAUCAACCGCAGAUCAAACAAGCACAACGACUGUCGUGUACGACUACGGGCAGGACUUCUCCGACCUAGAAGGUUACACCGACCUGCUAGAAGAAUCAAGCACAACAGUUCAACAGUCCCCAACAACAACACCUCAACCGACAACCACAGCUCAGGUAGAUGUUGCGACAACGGACAGCGACGCCAAUGGCAAGCGGGCAUCACCCAUGGAAUCGACGACGACGGAGGCCAACUACCUUGCAGACUACGGACUGGGGGCACCGAUCUUCGGCGGCGAAUCAUACGAUGCGUGGUGGCUGGACGGCAAUCCGGCGGAUGCGGGUGAAGGUUCAGAUGCGGGAAUUUACCAGGGAGGACCACUAACACCUUCAGAAGAAGUCUUUGGGGAUGGAGGAGGACCGAACGAGGUCAAGAAACAAGAAACGGACUAUGGGGGGCCUCCAAAAAUUAAACCUGCUGAUGACUGGGAUGAGGGACACAAGGCUCCGCAGAACAAGGAACAUGCUAACGAUGGUGGUUCUGAGAAGAAAGAGAAAGACAAAAAUGUUAGUAGCGGAGAAAGUGGAGAAGACAAGUCUUCAGAAAAGGAUUCAAAAGACAAAAAAGACAAGGACGUAAGGGACAAAGACAAACAAGACGAAGAUAAAAAUGGCAAGGAAGACAAAGGCAAAGAUAAAAACAAAGGCGACAAAAAGCCAAAGAAUAAGGAAAAGAUAGUAAAGGUUACGGAGAUAACAAAGGUAAAGACGGUUACAAAAAUCAAGGGCAAAAAGAAGAGUGAAAAUCGCAAAGUCUAAAGUUAACAAAUGAGACAAAAACGAAUCAAAAUCAUUUUAAAUAAUUGUGUUAAAUCCCUCAAACAACUUGUUUCGAUACCUGUGGCAAGCUCAAAAUUGUAUUCCUUCUUCAAGAGUUUGAAAGAGCAUUAAAUUUUGAAGCAAAUUAACCUAAUCUUCACAAAAUAAAAAUAACUGGAAG